GGUGGAAGAUGUGUCAUGAGCGAAAUGAUAAAGCUCAUAAGAAUAGGUUCUUAUGAGUGGAAACAGCAAGCUGAUAAGGGGCUAUGCGCUGAACGCUCUUAGCUGAGUGUAACUUGGGUAGCCAGCACGGACGGAAUCAUGCUGAGAGUAGCUGUUAUCGGAGCGGGUGUGAAUGGUGUGUCGAGUGCCAUCAAAAUAUUGGAGCACUAUCAAGAUGAGAAGAAGCUAAAUGUGCAGGUUACCAUCCUAUCUGAGCAAUUUACACCCAACACAACGGGCGAUGGAUCAGCGGGUCUGUGGGGACCGUUUCUGUUGGGCGGCACUGAGGAGUCAAAAGUUCACAAAUGGUCAAGCGAUAUGCACAUUUUCCUGGAGAAGAUUUGGCGAAGCGAAGAUGCGGGCGAGGCGGGCGUUUGUCUAGUGCCCUGCGUGCGUCUGAGCACAGAUCCGAAUGCCGUCGUUGGCGACUUCUGGCGCGAUAUUGUCUAUGGCGCUGUGGACCUAACAGCCCAACAAUUGGCUGUGUACAAUAAAGGCAGAGAUGUCAAAUUUACUUCGGGCAUGUCCUUUGUUACGUACACCUCGGAACCCAUCAAGCUGCUGCCGUACCUGAUGAAACGCUUUGUGCGCCGCGGUGGACAAAUUGUGCAGCAAAAAAUCACAGAUCUCGACAGUUUUGUCAAAGACUCUUCCUACGAUGUGAUUGUCAACUGCUCUGGCCUUGGCUCCAAGCAGCUGUUGAACGAUGAUCAAAUGUAUUCGGUGCGCGGUCAAGUUAGUCGCGUCAAGGCCAAUUGGGUGUUCACCGCGCUGCUAGAUGAAAGCGACGAUGGCAACUACAUAAUACCAAACACCGAGUCUGUGGUGCUCGGCGGCACUCACCAGGAGAGUGACUACGAUACCAAAGUCUCUGCGACGGACAAGCGCUUUAUUAUUGACGGCUGUCGCAGCCUUCUGCCAGGGCUCAAGCACACGGAGCAUUUGUUCGAUUGGGUUGGUCUGCGACCGGGUCGUACUCAGCUGCGCCUGGAGGCGGAACGGCGUGGCAACAAGCUGCUCAUACACAACUAUGGCCAUGGCGGCAGUGGAGUCACUCUCUGCUGGGGCUGUGCCGACGAUGUCCUCAACCUUCUGCUGGCUGCCAAAGUCAAUGCGAAGCUGUAGUCAACCACCUGCCAGUCUUAUCAGCAAAAAUCAAGUACCUGUUGCUAUAAUACAAAUUGCUUGAACAGGCGAUACAAAUAUCUUCAUAAAUGCAUAAUAAACAAUUCUUAUCAACCGUAUUAUCA